AUGAAGGCUGGAGAUGGAGAUUCUAGGUAUGCCAAAGCGUCUUCAAGUCAGUUAAAUGCGAUUCAAGCUAUGAAACCAAUUCUAGAGCGCGCCAUUUGUGAGAAUAUGAGAUUGAAGUCUAAUGUGGGGGGAAUAUUUAGGAUAGCAGAUUUCGUGUGUGGUUUUGGGAACAGUACUCUUGUGGUGGUAGUCACCAUUGUCAGUGCUGUGAAACGCUCGUUUGAGGAACAUGAGAUGCCAGAAUUUGAGUUGUCUCAUGAUAAGACGCAAAUGCAGGUGCCAGAGAGUAUUCAACAAGGAAACUCUCUUCAUGUUUACGUUUCAGGUGAUUGUGAGGAGUCAGUGGGAGCUGCGUAUCUACACCAGUUUGAUAUAGACUUCACAGCGUUUCUAAAGGCACGGGCAGAGGAGAUCGUUGAUGGGGGAUGCAUGCUUAUAUAUCUGCCAGGUCGUAAUGCAGGAACCCACAUGAAGGAGGAGCAAGGCAUUUUGGGCUAUCUUGCGCAUAACGUGGACUGUGCAUUUGAGGAGCUAGUUAAUGAGGUGGGCAUUAUUGAAAGAGAGAAAUGGGAAUCAUUUAACAUACCUUAUUUUGGUCCAAAUUCAAGAGAAAUGGAAAGCAUUGUGAAGAGAGAGGGAUCAUUUGCUUAG